UCUGUAUACAUUUUAAUAAUGAAGGAAAAUAAAUUCGUAAUGGGGGAAGAGGAAACUACAAAAGGAAAUACGGCGGCUCCGUCUUCUCUAGUUCCUACUCAUAAUGCUACUCAACCACAUAAACGUCCUACUCGACAUCAUGUUAAAAGACGUUCAAGUGGUCGAGUUCAUGUAACCAAAUUAGCACCCAUGGUAAAAACUACUUCUAAUCAUACAGAUUCAGAAGCCGAUCUAGUUGAUGACCCUACUACAGAACUCAAUGCAAGACCAGCCAUCAGACGUUCACAGUCUCAACGUUCACUGCAUAAAGCGGAACGAAAGAGCUUUAUUACUUUAACUUCAAGAAGAAGGUCAACUACAUCUUCCGAAAAAUUAUCAGCAACCUCUUCUACAGAUCCACCAGAAGUAAAGGCGCAUGAAAGGAAAGAUAAAGAUGAUCUAGCAUUAUCAUAUGAUUCUAAUACGUCUAUAACAACACAUAAUAAUCCUGUCCCUUUAAGCUCUAUAGCUAUAGCUGCACCUAUUGAGCAGCCUUUAAAUGCUAUUGCGCAUAAUCUAGUGUUUCCUAAACAAGCAUCUAUUUAUCCUAAUAAAUUUACAGAGACCAUUAAACAACAGAAACACAACAAUAACAAACAACAUAUGGAGCAGCAGUAUAAGAAAAAAAAACCUUUUUUGCUUCGUUCACAUUUUGAUGAUUCUUUACAUGAAGCCAUAACAGAGAAUGAUAAACUUAACAACGUAUAUCGUGAAUAUCAAUGUAUUAGAUGGCAUCAAGAUCCGAUGCAGGCAAGCCUUUUACGUUGUAUUGAGAAACUUGAUAGUUCCUCACUAAAUAAACAGACGAUGACAUCAUGUCAUCUUGGGCAAAGACAGCUAGCUCAUCGUCAUCAUCAGCUAUUAAAAUCUUCUGAAACACAUAUUCAAUUGAAUAACAAAAGGAAUGAAAGUAAUAUAGCAGAGGCUAUUGUAGACGAUAAUUAUGGAUUUCUGGCUACUUUAUUCGACAAGAUUCUAUAUACGUCAUCUCCUUCCAGUAAGUCGUGAAUAUACAUAUAUAUAUAUAAAAGGUGUAAUACUUUAAAAAGCAAGGAAAAUGGUAUUGUAGUAUAUUGUAGUAUAUUGUAGUAUAUAUAAAGAAAUCAAACCAAAUGUUUAUAAUAAUAAAUUAUCAC